UUGCGCGUCAAAACAUUGCGUCUCUGCAGGACUUACCAGGGCUAGAGAGGAGAGGAAAUUGGCUGGGAAGGAAUGCGAAAGAGGUUUUAGGAUUGGCACUGCCACGAGGAAAAAACGAGGAGGUGCGACAUUUUCUAGGCUACGUGGAGACUCGUAUUUUCUUCCUUUCAAAGGUGUUCACCUCCCGACCCACCGCCCACCACGGCCCUCACCUGUGUGUUGCGGUGCUUCCCCUGUGAGCCGACCUGGGCUGGCAGUCCCUUCUUGCACCGCCCGCCAACCCCGCCCAUGGUCAGGAUGACGCGCUCCAAGACCUUCCAGGCAUAUCUGCCGAGUUGUCACCGGACCUACAGCUGCAUCCACUGCCGAGCUCACCUGGCCAACCACGACGAGCUCAUCUCCAAGUCGUUCCAGGGCAGCCAGGGCAGAGCCUACCUGUUCAACUCAGUGGUGAACGUUGGGUGUGGCCCUGCAGAGGAGAGAGUUCUGCUGACAGGCCUGCAUGCUGUAGCAGAUAUCUACUGUGAGAACUGCAAGACAACCCUUGGCUGGAAAUACGAACAUGCUUUUGAGAGCAGUCAGAAGUAUAAAGAGGGUAAAUUCAUCAUCGAGCUGGCCCACAUGAUCAAAGACAACGGCUGGGACUGAGGGGCGAGCAGCCGGGUGACAACCGCAGCAGAGAACGAGGAAAAGGGGAAGAGAGGGACUGGGUGGAGGGACUGGGUGGAGGGAUGGGAGGGAGGGAGUGGGGUUGUGUGUGGUGGGUGAGUGUGUGACUUUGGUUUGGCUGAUUUACCAUUAACCUUUGUAACUUACUACCCAUCCCUCCCUAUCACACCUCUCGAUGUACACACACAAAAUCACACACGUCAAGGUCCCAGACAUCCCAGUUUGACAGAGAGACGGACUAGGCAGGCUUGUAUGCAGCUAGCAGGACUAGGUGACUGGCCAGCAACAGUACACGAGGCAAGAUGUCUAAUAUUUUUUUCUGAAACAUGAUUUAGUAGCCUUUAAAAAAGAUGGCCGCACACCCUCUAUACCUGCUAGAGACGUCUCCACUGUGUGAAGUAUUCUACCUUGUCCAAUAAUAACCUUGUCUAAUGUUAACGGGAAAUUUAGCCAGAGCGAGAUCAGUUGGCCCAGCCUGCAGGGGUUCAGCGGCCUUGAAUGAAGAGCUGACAGGUGUCCACUCCGUCCUGGGCGUAAAAGAGAUGACCUAAUAUGAUUAUAGCAAAUCCAGCUGAUCGGGGCCAUGCCAGCUGGGCCAUUGAUGAGGCCUGGCGCUGAGGCUUGGCACGGAGGCCCGAGCACAUGGGCGUUGAGUUGCGGUCGGGGUGCAGAGAUUGCCGCCCACCGGGGCUCUCACUCUAAAUGGUGGGGAAGGAGGAGGUCCUGAUCCAGUUUUGUUGUAGCUCUGAUGACCUCUGGCUGGGAUCCACUCCAUGUCUUGCCAGCCGUGCAGCUCAGGAGGGGCAGGGUGGGCAGAGAGUGAAAGAGAGAUACAGAUGGACAGCCACCAGCUUGUCCCAAAACCUCACAGGAAUUUGCCCUCACAGCAGCAAAGCAGCUCCCCCGGGUUUUAUUCAUCCUUCAAUACACCGAAGUUGUGCAAAGCGAUCUGCUGAUCCUUCCCUGAGUCCGUCAAGAGUCGGCAGAUGCGUUGCCGCGUUCACCUUUGUUACUUGGCCAGAUUGAAUUACAAAAUAUAGGCACGUCUCAGGUCAGCAGCUUCAGCUGGAGUUCCUAAAGUUUUGCAAACACUGUGAGCAUCUUUCUGCUGCUGGAGGAGGAGCAAAGGUGAUGAGGCUCUGCAGGCUUUAAUAGGAGAGCAGUGAUUAGUCUGACACAAAGACAUUUGAAGAACCCAACCAACCAGUGGCUAAUGAGUGACUGGUUUCAUGGGCCAAGAGAACAUGAGUUAUAUAUGACAACAGAGGCAGGCUCUGCAGAUUUUCACUCAUCACUUUUAGGCUCUCUUUCAGUCUGGGAUGACUGCUGUUUAGCUGCUGUUACCCUGAUUGUUAACUAACUGGCCCUCAUCUAAAUAAAAAAAAGGGCAACAUUAUGAAGCAAUGUACGAGAUAGGUUCACAUUUUCUUUUGCUCCUAAAUGCACCGACACACACUCUACCUAGCUUACUAAAUAUUCCCAAUGCACUAUGGGUCUUGGAUUUAUGACAUCAUGAGGUAACAUUACUGGGAAGCAUUGCUCAGGUUCAUUGAUGCUAACUUUUCUUUGCUAAGGCCAGGAUCCUACUAAACGAGCUGGAUGUGUUAUUCUCCGAUGGAAAUGUAUUGUUUUCAAAUGAGAGAAUUUAUUACAGCUGCCUCCAUCCCAUGCACAUGCAACGUUAAUGCAUGCACGGUAUAAAGUUUUCUGACUAGUUUUGUGCUAGGUCCUCAUGACGUUUUUGUGAAACAGAGCAUUUUGUGCGUAUUAAAGUUGCAAUGAAACCUUGUGCUGUAACUUAACAUCUAAUCGGCUUCAUCUCAGUCCGUUUGAGCUGUGAGAUCCCUGUGCAGUGGCACAAAAGCAUUGCUGGCUAAAUGUGAUCCUGGUUUAGAAAAGUAAAAAUUAGUUGCUCUGUUUGCCAACACGCAUAGUUUCCUGCGAACAUUGCUCUAGAAGUUGCCCUCUGUAUGGAGAGUCCUUUUCAGUUGCAACUAAAUCUAAACAGUUAACUCUUGUCAGUAACUCUCAGCAGCUCACCGCUCAGUCAGAGGCUGCAGCAUUAAAAAAAAAAAAAAAUCCAGCACUACCAAAGAACCCACCCA